AUGGCCCCCGGAAUUACAGAACCCUCAUCAUCUACAGGUCCUUCGACUGCUGGAUCCAAGCCUACCGUCUACGUUCUUGACACCUUCCCUCCCAAGGCCAUCGAAUACGCUAAGACCUUGUUCGAUCUUGUUCAGCCCCAGGAUGAAGAAUUCAAGAACUGGCGGCAAAAUGCAAGAGCGCUGUUAGUGCGAAGCUCGUAUAUUACGGCUGAUGACAUCGCGAGCUGCCCGAAUUUGAUUGCCAUCGGUAAGCACGGCGUGGGAAUCGACAAGAUCGAUCAGAAUGCUUGUGCACAGCGGGGUAUCAAGAUCCUCAACACCCCGGGUGCCAAUGCGCGAGACGUUGCGGAGCUGGUCGUUGCACUGUCCUUGUCGGUUGCUAGGGGAAUUCGGUCCAUCACAUCCCGGCAAAUGCUGAAGCCCGUACCGAAGGAGACCUGCAAUGGGUUGACUUUGUAUCAGAAGACGAUCGGCAUCAUCGGUAUGGGGAACAUCGGACGCACCGUGGCGGAGAUCUUCCGUGGUGGCUUCGACGCAAACAUUGUGGCUUACGACGCGUACAUGCCCGAGGAUGUAUGGUCGCAUAUCCCACAUACCAGGGCAAGGAGUGUCGAUGAGGUGCUUGCCCAGGCAGACGUGCUCUCCAUUCACGUCCCCCUUACCACGGAGACUCGGGGCAUGAUCUCCUAUCAGCAAAUUCGCGCAAUGAAGCCCGAUGCAAUUCUUAUCAAUGCUGCUCGAGGCGGUAUUGUCAACGAGGCCGACCUCACCAAGGCGUUAUCGGAGGGCUAUCUAUGGGGCGCAGGGGACACCGUCCGAAUCCACAACAAACACCGAACCGAGGCUGGGAUGGCAGAUGAAUACAUUCCCCUCUUCGUCCACGGCAAGUCCGUCAGGACCCGCACAUCCAAAGGACUGGAAGAAGAGACCGACUUUGGUGGUAGACCCAUCGGCAUGGAGAGGAAGUCGCCAGACGGCAUUGGACCGAGUCAUGGCCACGUACAAAAACCGCUCAUCGGGCGAGAGGGCCAGGCCAUUCGGGGAAAUUCCGUUGGAGAUCAGGCAGUCAAGCUUGCCUGUGGGCGAGAGCCGAUAGACACAGCCGGUCUGGUCGGUCAUUCCCGUUUGGCCCUGAUCGGUAAAGUAGAUGUCGUUGGUGGAGGAGAUGAUCAGGUCGUUAGGGCCUUUGAACCUCUCGAGGUUGCGCCGAUCUGCGACCACGAUGCAGCCAUCCUCUCGCACCACAAGCCCGUUCGGCUCGCCAUCCCAGCGAACGCACUCCGUUACCUGCUUUUCCGCGUCCACUUUGAGAAUUCGACCAUACGGGACGUCUACUAUGUAGAGACUCCCAUCGGCAACAUUUCGUUCCAAGAUCCGCACACCAUGGGACUUAUCGCCGAUGCCAAAAGGGCUAUGCAAGAUGCUCCCAAAGAAGUUUUCAAUGCUUAUGUCUUGAUGUGUACAUGUUUCUUCGCUCUUUCUGGUGUGUCGAAAGGGUUUGAUGAAGGAAACAUUGCCUCAGUCGUUACGCAAGCUCAUUUUAAGGCCCGAUUUGGUGUCGACACACAGUCGGAGGAUGAGUAUGCCAAUACAAAGGGGUGGCUAGUAUCUAUAGCCACGGCUGGAGCAGUCUUUGGGUGUCUUGGGUGCUCCCCCAUUAACGAUCGCUUUGGUCGACGUUGGACGCUGCGCAUUGCUACAGUCAUCUAUAUUGCUGGCGUCUUAGGCCAAGGGCUUUGCGGUGGAAACCUCUCCGGCCUUUAUGCAUCCAGAUUCAUUGCAGGUUUGGGAAUUGGCCCGUUGUCAAUUGUUCCUCCAGUCUAUAUUACUGAGAUCUCGCCCAAAGCUAUUCGCGGUCUUCUUACCGUCCUGUUCGCGGCGUGCCAGCAGCUAGGUGUAGUAUUGGGAUUUUUCAUCAACUACGGAGUGACGAAACAGUAUCCAGGCGUCGAUGAGCAAUGGAUGCUCCCCACUCUUCUUCAGAUUGUCCCCGCUGUGAUCUGGGGACUCGGAACUUUCCUAUGCUCGGAGUCUCCUCGAUGGCUUCUAUUCAAGGGCCAACGAGAACAAGCAGCAGAGACCAUGUCCAAGCUUCGCCACUUGCCUCGCGAUCAUCCUGUGAUCCUGUCCGAGCUAGCCGGCAUGGAUGCUCAGAUAUUGCAUGAAACAGAGGCAGUCAGUAAUGCGACCGUAUGGGACCUACUUAAGGAGACUUUCGUCCCCGUCGAGAACCGUCGUCGCUUCUUCUUGAUCUUCAUGGCGACUCUUUUUUCUCAAUUUUCGGGUGCCAACGCCAUCACCCAAUACAGCCCCUCUAUCUUCGGAUAUCUAGGUAUCGAUGGUGAUGAGGCCAAAUUCCUGGCAACCGGAAUAUAUGGGGUGGUCAAGUUCGUGAGCACGGUGUGCUUUGCGCUGUUCAUUGUAGACUUUAUCGGACGACGGCGAUCUUUGAUCACCGGAAUUUGCCUCCAACUGAUCACCUUAAUAUUUGUGGGCGCAUACCUCGGGGUCACAAACCAUCUCUCAGCCGAUGAGAUUGGUGCAACUCCCAGCGCCUCUCGCACGUCUACUGCGGCUAUUGUUGCGAUCUUCCUGCAUGCGGUGGCCUGGAGUAUUGGUUGGUUCAGUAUCCCUUACCUGGUCGGUUCAGAGAUAUUCCCCAUUCGAAUUCGGUCGUUGAACAUGUCUAUUUCCAUGGCGUUUCAUUGGGCAUUUUAUUUUGCAUGUUCGCGUGCCAUGCCGAGUCUUCUCGCAGCUACACAUAAAUGGGGAGCCUUUGUGUUUUUUGGCUGCAUCUGCCUGACAUCAUUGGUUUAUGUCUUCUUUGCCAUGCCGGAUACCACAGGAAGAUCCCUCGAGGAGUUGGAUAGCCUGUUCCAACGACCGUGGUACACCGUUUACCAGGUGGCUUACCCAUCACGCGAUGAGAUGCAAGGAGAGAGACUGGAGGACAAGCUGUCGGCCGACGGAACGUCAAAGCACAUUGAACAGGCUUAG